AGUCCUGAAAGGAGUCCAAGAUGUCCGGCAAUAAUUGGGGAGGUGGAGCAGGUUGGGACGAGAGAAACUGGGAUGCAGUCCGUCAGCAGGAGCAGAAGAAGCAGGAAAUUUUGGUGAAGGCUUCUCAGAACUCAGAGAAGAUCAGGCAGAUGGUCAGGCAAACCGACCAAACUCGUCAGGUCGCAGGAGAGACUCUCACCGUCCUCGACCAGCAAUCUGAGCAACUGAAGCGCAUGCAUGGGGAGGUGGACAAGAUAGAAGCUAACCUGAACUUCGCUGAUCGCACCAUCCGAGGAAUGGAAUCCAUCUGGGGCUCCUUCAAGAACUACAUGACAAAGGGCAACGUCAAGAGCUCACGUCCAAGAGCGGAGGCUGAAGCCGAGAAGCUAGAUCAGAACAGGUCCGCAAGGCAGUCGGGCAGCACUGGAAGGAACCUGGCCGAUUCUUUCAACGCCCGAGCUAACAACCAGCAAAAGGAGUACGCUUCUGACUGGAAAGGUAAACUUCAGAAGCUAGAAGACCAACAGGAGAACGAUCUGGAUGAUCUGUCGAGAAUGGUUGGAGAACUUAAGGCCAUGGGGAAGGAUAUGGGAACAACUCUUGAUUCGCAGACUAAGUCGAUCGAACGCUUGUCGGACAGGACAGAUGCUGUGGACUCCAGGCUGGCCAAGUCGAACAUUCGCGUUAAGAAGAUGCUUGGAUAGUUAAAGGAAUUUUUUCUGUUUACAAAUUUAAUUCAGUAUCAAUAGAAGCACUUCAAAGCAGG